AUGUUAGCCGUAACAUGCACCGGCAGCAACUUCGGCUUCGACUUGUCGACCACCCUCAAGACCUCCGACCCCGACCCCCUCGUCUCCAACAUCUGCGACAACACCGACCACCCGCCCCUCUGCCUUGCUACCAUCCGCCCCUUCCUCGCCUCCGCCGCUGCCUCGUCAUCGCUUGAUGUCGAGUCCAUCCUCCGCUUCGCUGUCGAGGCCGGCGGCGACUAUGCCAAGGAGGCGCUCUCCGUCGCCACUAACCUUGUCUCUAAAUCCGACGACAUUACGCUGGACCUCCGCUCCACGCUCAAGGACUGCAGGGAAAGCUACGACGUGGCAGUCGAGAACUUCCAGAAAACGCUCGACGCCUUCGCCACCAAGGAUGUCGGGACCAUGAGGAGCGUGCUCAGCGCCGUCAUUACCUUUGUUGGUGAUUGUGAGGACGAGUUUGCCGAGAUGCAGGCGCCGUCUCCUCUUUCCGGGUAUGCCGAGAAGCUCACGGACAUGACUAGCAACUGCCUCGCCAUUGUUUCACAGAUGAUGAACUAA